AUGGCCCCCAAGAAGAACAAGAAGGAUGCCAACUCCCUCUCCUCGCGCCUGGCGCUUGUGAUGAAGUCUGGAAAGGUCACCCUGGGCUACAAGUCGACCCUCAAGUCCCUCCGUGCUGGCAAGGCCAAGCUCGUCAUCAUUGCCGGCAACACCCCCCCGCUGCGCAAGUCUGAGCUUGAGUACUACUCUAUGCUGUCCAAGGCUCCCGUCCACCACUUCAGCGGCAACAACAUUGAGCUCGGUACCGCCUGCGGUAAGCUCUUCCGCUGCAGCACCAUGGCCGUCCUUGACGCUGGUGACUCCGACAUCCUUGCCGACCAGCAGUCGUAA